AUGCCCAGCGGCUGCACGGGGAAAAGACCCACCCGACAAGGCGCGUGCAGGGCGGUUGCAUGCGGCAGGGUCCGCGCGUGGCAGUUGCAAGAGGAAAAGGCCCACGCAGGACCGCGCGGGUGGAGUACAUCGCUGCCAGGACCCGGGAGGGGACGCGCGCACCGCUGCCUGGACCUUCCCGGGGAGAGCGUUGCUGCCGGGACUCCAAAGGAGGAGCGCGCACCCCUGCCAGGACUUUGUAACGGGAGCACGGCUGCCAGGAUCCCAAGGAGUGAAGCACACCUCUGCCAGGACCCUGCGUGGAGCGCACCGCUGCCAGGACCCUGCGUGGGGCGCCCCGCCGUCCCCGCCCCGCGCGUCCCAGUCGCCAUCCUGGUCCACGUCCUAGGCUCUCCGGCCGUGUUCUCCAUCCCCGUCCCCGGUCUCCGCCGCGUCUCGGGCCGGCCUCGCCCGCACUCCCUGGUCACCGUCCCUCCGCCCGCGCCCUUCCGGAGGGCCUCCGCCGCCGCCGCCCUGGCGCUGCCCGCCGAGGCCGCCUGCGCCCUGUGCCAGCGCGCGCCGCGAGAGCCGGUGCGCGCCGAUUGCGGCCACCGCUUCUGCCGGGCGUGCGUGGUGCGCUUCUGGGCCGAGGAGGACGGGCCCUUCCCUUGCCCCGAGUGCGCCGACGACUGCUGGCAGCGCGCCGUGGAGCCCGGCCGCCCGCCGCUCAGCCGCCGGCUGCUGGCGCUCGAGGAGGCGGCCGCUGCGCCCGCGCGCGACGGCCCGGCCUCCGAAGCGGCGCUGCAGCUGCUGUGCCGUGCCGACGGGGGCCCGCUGUGCGCCGCCUGCCGCAUGGCCGCGGGGCCCGAGCCGCCAGAGUGGGAGCCGCGCUGGAGAAAGGCGCUGCGCGGCAAGGAGAACAAGGGUUCUGUGGAGAUCAUGCGGAAAGACCUGAAUGACGCCCGGGACCUGCACGGCCAGGCUGAGUCUGCUGCUGCCGUUUGGAAGGGACACGUGAUGGACCGCAGGAAGAAGGCCCUGACCGACUACAAGAAGCUUCGGGCCUUCUUUGCCGAGGAGGAGGAGCGUUUCCUGCAGGAGGCGGAUAAAGAGGAGGGGUCCGCAGAGGACGAGGACACAGACCCGGCCGAGCGCUUUGGGUCACUGCUGCAGGCUGUCUCGGAGCUGGAGAGGAGGCACCGCAACCUGGGGCUCAGCAUGCUGCUUCAGUGAUGUCCUGCCCUCUACUGGCUCCAGACGGUAACAGCUCCAUCCACCCUGGCCUGUCGCCCAGCAGCUCCUCCAUCACCUCCUCCUGGACCCGCAAUGACCUUCACCCAUGAGGGUCUGCACCGAGGUGCACACGCAGGACGCAUACCACGGGUGGCCACCUUGGGUGGGCCAAGACUGCCCCUAGCAGUCUCCCUGUUCCCUUUCCCUGUGGGUAUUCGUGGUCCCCAGGCUGUAACCGUUUUACCGUAGAGACCUGUAACUACUGGUGGGUACUGUUGACCCCAAUGUAUCACGACUCUUCAUAAAGUUCUUGUCGCUGUCA